CAGCCUGCGAGUUUUUAAGACAAGAAUGGAGUGCAAGCUACCUGAGGCUUCUGAGUCCAUAAACUUCACUUUUGCCCGCCGGAAAGAGAACAUCUCGAAUUCCUGGAGUUCAGUAACUCUUUCAACCAUCUUGGUCUGAAAAACUAAGUAGUCAAGAUGGUGCAAUUCUCGUCUCUCUUCAAUGGUUUGGCAAAAAGUAUAUCGAUUAAGAACGGGAAGAAGGAUAGGAUUGAUGUUGGAAGAGAAGCUGCAGAUGUGUUGGCUAAGGAAGCGAGAAAGAAUGAAUUGAUGUUGAGUUCUCCAGGCAUUGUGAAUGGCGAAGGGUCCAAUAAUUUUGCCUCAGUUUUCUCUAAAAGGGGGCAGAAAGGAAUGAAUCAAGAUUGCUUUGUUGUUUGGGAGGAGUUUGGAUGCCAAGAAGACAUGACCUUUUGUGGGAUUUUUGAUGGGCAUGGACCAUGGGGUCAUGUGGUUGCCAAACGGGUUAGGAAAUUGAUGCCAUCUUCUUUGCUGUGCAAUUGGCAAGAAACUCUUGCGCUAAAUCCUCUUGAGCUUUACUCUGAAAAGGACCUGGACAGAAGAAGCCUUCAUCAAUUUGCCAUAUGGAAGCAAUCUUACUUGAGGACUUUUUCUGCCAUCGAUCAAGAUCUAGAGCAGCAUCCAAGUAUUGAUUCAUUUCACAGUGGUACAACAGCUUUGACAAUUGUUAGACAGGGUGACCUCAUUGUUUUAGCUAAUAUUGGCGAUUCUCGGGCUGUUUUGGCAACCAUUUCUGAUGAUGGCAUCUUGGUACCAGUUCAGCUUACAGUAGACCUCAAACCCAAUUUGCCUCAGGAGAUUGAAAGGAUAAAACAACGCAAAGGAAGGAUAUUAUCUUCGGAGGAUGAACCGGGUGUAUACAGAGUCUGGUUACCAAGUGGGGAAACACCGAGUGGUCCAGGACUAGCAAUAUCAAGAGCCUUUGGCGACUAUUACAUCAAGGGCUUUGGCCUUAUUUCUGAGCCCGAAGUUACACAAAGACAAAUAACAUGCAGAGACCAAUUCGCUAUAUUGGCAACUGAUGGGGUAUGGGAUGUCAUAUCCAAUCAACAAGCCGUGGAGAUAGUCUCCUCGUCGCCCAGAAGGGAAGAAUCGGCCGAAAGAUUAGUUGCCCAUGCAGUUCGUGCGUGGAAACGGAAGAGACCAGGUCUUGCGAUGGACGAUAUAUCUGCUAUCUGCCUUUUCUUUCACUCUUCUUCACCCUCUCCAUCACCCAACCCUAUCAAGGUCCCGUAGCAGGCUAGCAUGAGAAAAAACUGAGAAAGAAGUGUGGAGUUCACUUAUUCUCUCAUCGACAUUCGUCGUACAUUCUGUACAUAAAAUGAAUAUUGUUGGGUGACAAGCUUAUGGGAGGCCAUUCUCCAUUUCUGUCUGUAUAUAUAUAUAUUUGUAGGAAACAAGUGAAAAUGUCCCAAAAAAGAAAGGAUCAAUAUGUGUUUUGCAUCUUCUUGUUGACUUGUGGAGGGUUCCCCACUCUAUUAUCAAUCUGUAAUAUCAUCCAUCUCAAAUUGCAUAUCUUUACAAGUAGUAUAA